CGCAACGGCAUAAAAAUGAAGCUGAGUCUCAGUAAAGUGGCGAACGGCGCCCGGCUCGGAGUCAUCAACGGCUUGGGCCGGAACGGCGACAAAGUGCUGGAGGUCCCGGGCUGUCUGCUCUACACAAGAACCGGUUCUCCGCCGCACCUCACACACGACACCCUGCGGACCAUCGAAGGGAUCCCACCCGUGACCCACAUCACCCUUUCCACCCUAGCAGAACAUCAGGAGGUCCUGGAGGAGUUUAAAGAGGGUAUUGCAAAGUUUGCAGGUAUGUCGGACACGGUGCUGUACUGUUCCAUCAACGACCCUACAACCCCACAGCCCGCUGGAUACAACACAAACAAGACAGUGUCGUUGUGGGGCAGCGGAGGCCGCGUGGAGCUGACACCCCAGAAGUUUAUGUCCGCUCAGCGGGCGAUCAGGCCGGAUUGGUUCCAGUGUCUGUCCGACGGAGAAUCGAUGACUGCUGGAAAUUCCAAGAAGAGGGCCAAGAAAUCCGUGGACCGCUCCCUGGCCUUUCUAGACGAGUGUCUGCAGCUGCUGGCAAAGGACGAGGUUCUGGGGCAGAGCGUGGUGAUCGGGGCCAUUGAAGGAGGAGACCAGCUGGAUGAGAGGCUGAGGUCCGCCCGGGAAACGGCCAAGAGACCCGUCGGGGGCUUCCUGAUGGACGGCUUCCAGGGGGACUCGAUGAGCCACGAGACCAAGCUGAGCCUCAUCUCCUCCGUCACGGCGGUGUUACCCGAAGACAAACCCAGGUUUAUCCACGGCGUGGGGAGGCCGGACGAGCUGCUCGACUGCAUCGAGAGCGGCGUGGAUCUGUUUGACAGCAGCUUCCCCUACGAAGUAACGGAGCGAGGAUGCGCGUUAUCCUUCAGCCACGACUACCGGACGGACCCCGAAACCGCAGGUGGCGUUCAGAAGACACAGCCCGAUAAUGCCCCCAUUUCUGAUGUUCUGGAUAAGAAUGAAUCUCCCGAGACAGACGGUAACCAGAAAACCGAAACAAGCGCUGAAGGAGAGGGAAUUGAUCGCUCGUCAAUAACCUCGUUUGAGAUCUGCCUGAAGGAGAAAAGGUUCCGUGAAGACUUCCGACCGCUGCUGCCGGGUUGCGGAUGCUACUGCUGCCGUAACCACUCCCGGGCGUACGUUCACCACCUGCUCAUGUCCAAGGAGUUACUGGCCGGCAUCCUCCUCGUAAUCCACAACUUCCAGCAUUACUUCAGCUUCCUCCAGUCGGCGAGGGCAGCGCUGCGGGACGGCCAGCUCAGCCGCCUCAAGGAGGUCGUCCGUGGACAGGCGUCCUGAGACCGGGCGGUGGAGACAUCUGGACUACUCUUUGCACAGACUUUUUUUUUUACACUCCCUUUCAUCACUCACCGUCUCCUGUGACACUCGAUUUGUCUGACUGUCUAAUAAAUGCGGCCCUCGCUGUCGGCCCUUCUUACUUUUCAAA